GGUAAGCGUAGCGCGAGUAGGCGAGUACUGAGUUUGUGAACGGUAAAUGCGACCAUCAGAGGCUUCCGAUUAAACAAAAAUCAUUCUCUCGUAAUUUAUUUCGAUAGCGCAUUCGUAAAAGUCGACCGUCAUAAAUGGAACUUAUUCAUUGUUUAUGUUUAUAUAUUUUUGGUUUUUAUCAAUUCGCCGAUGCUGCUGCAGUCAAUGACGUUGUGAUAAAAAAACACAGUGAGAUUCCUCUACUAAAAGAAGCACCCGUUUGGUUGAAACCAUGCAGAAGAAAGGAUCCGAAGCUGAACGAAUGUAUUCGCGAUACUUUCCAGAAUUUGUUUCCAUGGUUAGCCAAAGGUAUUCCCGAAAUUGGAACACAGCCGAUGGAACCUUUGCAUAUCGAAAAGGUAUCUAUAGCUAAAGGACAAGGAGGCGUUACUUUACAAGGAUCUUUUAAAGAUUUAAUCGUACAUGGGCCCAGUAACACGACUGCAUUAUAUACCAGAAUGGAUAUGAAACGUGGAAAAUUAGAUAUUGGUUUGUUCAUUCCUGUCAUUAAAGUUGAAGCUAAAUACGACUUGAAGGGAAAUAUCUUGUUGCUGCCUCUAGUCGGAGUUGGUGAUGCGAAAUUAUACCUGAAAAAUGUAACCACUCACGUGCAAACUAGAAUAUACUUCCCAAAAAUACACGAUGAAGAAGUAAUGGUAGCAUCGAGCAUGAAAGUAGAAUUCAGUCUGGCCCUAAUGAGAGUCCAGCUUUCCAAUCUGUUCAACGGCAAUCAAGUAUUAGGACGAACAGUGAACACUUUCCUGAAUGAAAAUUCGGUCGAAGUAGUCAACGAGUUGAAAGAAAACAUCGGCGAGAGUUUAUCCGGAGUUUUCAAAAAGAUCAUGAACGACGCCUUCAGUCAUAUUCCACUCAAACUGUGGCUAAUUGAAGAUUAAACUGAUUACGAGGUUCUCAUCAAACUCUUCUCAUUAUUAUAUCGAGUUUGACUUUGAAUUGAUUUAACUUCGAUUUUUCCCCACAAAUGUUUUCCUGUGAUUUGUGCAAAUGUUAAAGUUAUUUUAUAUUUUUUUUUGUUUCCAAGUUGUCGUAUCGUUAGAUUUGGAAAAAUAGACUGUAGGCGCCCUAUUAGGUACUAUGUACAUGUAAGCCGGCAAUCUUUUUAUAUAGGUACACGUAUAGUUUAUACCGUGCUCAGAAAAUCAUAUUUUUAGUUACUCGUAGAUUUCUGGAACGUAUGUAUAAAUAAUGUAGCUAGAUGAUUCAUAAAUUAGAACACAUCGAUGCAGGUUCAUCAAAAUUGAAACUAGGAGAAUCUCUAAUCAAGAUCACACACGUUGGCGUCGUCGUAUGCUUUUAUAAUUUCGAGAUUUCGUAAUUAAACGACUUAAUUAUGCCUUCCUAUAAAAGAUUAACGUCCGAUUUGCAUAAAAGAGAUGAAUGCGACUGUUGAUAAACCAGUUUAUGUAAAUCAUUGAAAAAUCGAUAUGUUGGUUAAGCAGUAUAUUCUCGUAUCUAGAAGGAAAUUCUCACGUUCUCGCGUUAAAUGCAACUAUUCUGAUUUUCAGUGCCAUAUAUCGUCGAGACGAACUCAUUUCCAUACAACUAAACCAAUAAACGUAUACUUUCUUUUAUUAUUUUCAUUUUUUUUUUUUUUAUUAAAUUCUCUUUUUAUAGACACCUAUAAAAAAAAAUUAGAAGUUACAUAAUAAGUUUAUUUAUUUUAACAUUUUUAUGAUCAUUUUUCGUAAAUAAACGUGAUGUAAUUAUAAAUAAA